GAAUUUCACCUGGAAGCAAAUCAGUAAGUGUUUCCACUACAAAUUUCCUCCUAUACUCAAGAUUUGAUCAGAAAAUGUCGAUUCGUUUCAACGACUUCUUCCCUACUGAUCGCAAGGAACGCUACUACGUUGAGGAUCGCCCCUCAGGCGGCAAGUCCGCUGAGGAUUGGAAAGGGCGGUACUACGUCGAGGAUCGACGCUCGUUCGACAAAUUCCCCGAGGAACAGAAAGAACGCUACUACAUCAAGGAUCGCAAUUCUUACGAUCAAUUCCACGAGAAAGACGCCCUCGCCGGUCCCUUCCGUACUUCCAUGGCUUCUAAUUCCUCCGCCAUGAACGCUCAGGUUGAUUUCAAGGAGACUGCCGAUGCGCACGUGUUGAGGCUAGAGCUUCCUGGAAUGAAAAAGCACGAAGUCAAACUGGAGAUUGAAGACAAUGGAGGCCUCUGUAUCAGCACUGAAAUUAGGGCUGAGAAAGAAGAGAUAAGCGACAUUUGGCGCCGUGUGGAACGAAGCAGCGGAAGAUUCUACCGGCGUGUUGUUCUACCGGAGAGCGCCGACGUGGAUAAGGUCAAAGCGGAAAUGAAUAACGGAAUACUAACAGUUACAGUGCCCAAACACCAUUUCAAGAAGCCGAUCGCCCGAAUCGUCCAAAUCUCUGGCCAUUAAAACCAACAAAAGUUUCAGUCCUACACUGCAACUGAUAGAGAUGAAGCCCUACUAAAAUUUUAAAUAAUUUAAAAGAAAUAAUGUUAUUUACUACUAUGUCCUCCUUUGUUUUACAGAGAAAGAAAAUUAA